GAAAUCAGCUGACAGUCUGAUGGGAACUCCUUUGUAGGUGACUGUCCCCUUAGCUCUUGCUGCUUCUAGGAUUCUCUCCUUCAUUUUAAUCUUGGCUAAUGUAAUUGUGAUGUGCCUUGGUGUGUUCCUUCUUGGGUCCAACUUCUUUGGGACUCUCUGAGCUUCCUGGAUUUCCUAGAAGUGUAUUUCAUUUGCCAGAUUGGGGAAAUUCUCCUUUAUUAUUUGUUCAAAUAAGUUUUCCACUGGUGGCUGUUCCUUUCCCCCUUCUGGUACCCCUAUAAUUCAGAUGUUGGAGCAUUUAAAGAUGUCCUGGAGGUUCCUAAGCCUCUCCUCAUUUUUUUGAUUUCUUGUUUCUUCAUAUUUUCCUGUUUGGUCAUUUUUUUCCUUCCUUCUGGUUCACUCCCUUGAUUUGAGUCCCAGUUUCCUUUGGUCCCGUCUCACUGCCCACUCCCUCGCUGGCCAUUCUGUGCAGGGAUGUGCCACCACAGUCAACCCGCCGCCCUGCGUCCUCGCCGGAUAUGCAGGUCGCUCACUGGAUCCACCCUUUGUAAUCCCACGCCUGGGAUCCUCGCGCCUGAGUCCGUCUGACCGAGUUUUCCUGUGCAACCCCGCUCUGCCAGCUGCUGGUUUUGCGCCUCUUACAGGCCAACACUCAGUCUACUGAACCACACCAGCCAGGUCAGAAAUAAAGAUCUUACAGCUCUUCCUGUUUCAGAAGUUUGGAAGAUGAGUAAAAGCCCAGUCAUUCUGGAUUUGGCAAGAGGCUGGAAAUUGACUCCUAAUUCUCUGACCUUGAGCUUCAUGGAGGAACUGAAAUAUUCUCUAUAUAAAGUAAUAUGAACUACAGAAAGUAAAGCCUUCUAGUUGGAGAGAGUAUAUUCAGAAGAGAUGAGAAAGCACAAGGAUUAUGAGUAAUAAAAGUUAAGAAACACAUUAAAGAGGUGGAGUAGUGCUAAAUUUCUGGCGGCUAAUGGACUUCAAGGAGCAGCGGAUUCAGCCCAAUGAGGCUCAAGCUGAGCCAUGGGUGGAGCCAGCAGAGGGGGCGGAACAGAGUUCCUGCGGGGUGCCCACUGUGUGCGGAGCCGGCUGCCCUCAGCGGAGCCAUGAGUUGGACCUGCCCACGUUGCCAGCAACCUGUUUUCUUUGCAGAGAAGGUGAGCUCCCUGGGUAAGAACUGGCACCGCUUCUGCCUGAAAUGUGAGCACUGCCACAGUGUCCUGUCCCCAGGAGGGCAUGCAGAGCACAACGGGAGGCCGUAUUGCCACAAGCCAUGCUAUGGGGUUCUCUUUGGACCCAGGGGGGUGAACAUUGGUGGUGUGGGCUCCUAUCUCUACAACUCCCCCACUCCCACCCCUGCCAACACCAUUCCUCUCAACCCCAGCAGCUUCAGUCCUCCAAGGCCCAGGACUGGCCUCCCCAAGGGCAAGAAAAGCACUUUGCACAUGAAGACAUUCACUGGGGAGACCUCACUGUGCCCUGGCUGUGAAGAACCUGUCUACUUCGCUGAGAAGGUGAUGUCUUUGGGCAGAAAUUGGCACCGACCCUGUCUGAGGUGCCAGCGCUGCCGGAAGACCCUGACUGCUGGGAGUCAUGCUGAGGUGAGCAAGGAGGGGAUGGGUUGUUAUGUUGGGAGGAGAGAGGCUGGAGAUAGAAAAAGAGCCACGCUGAGAGGGCUCUCUUUCUCUUUGUGUCCCAGCAUGAUGGCGUCCCCUACUGCCACAUCCCCUGCUACGGCUACCUGUUUGGCCCCAGAGGUGGGCAGUUCCACCCUAGAUGCUGGGCCCAAAGUAUGGCAUGUGGGUCUGUGGUUAUGUGUGGACAACUUCCCCUGUAGUCGGACAUAUCCCAGAUCCUUCCUAGUUCCCACUAGCCCUCAGCCCAGUCCCCUCUGUCCCAAGGCCCUUGGUAAUGGGGCUCUCUCCCUCAGGUGUGAACAUUGGUGAUGUGGGCUGCUACAUCUAUGAUCCGGUGGAGAUAAAAUCCAAAUAAGAUGCUCACAGGAGA